AUGUUCGAGAAGUCGCUGUACGACCUCAUUCGAGGCCUCCGCAACCACAAGGGCAAUGAGCGGGCGUACAUACAGGAGAGCUUGCGGGAGUGCCGCAGGGAGAUUAAGAGCCAGGAUAUGGAUCUGAAGGCUACGGCGCUGCUAAAGCUCACGUAUCUGGAGAUGUUCGGCCAUGACAUGUCCUGGGCUUCGUUCAAUGUCCUGGAGGUCAUGUCGUCGCAGAAGUACCCGCAGAAGAGGGUGGGGUACCUGGCCGCGGUUCAGAGCUUUAGGCCGGACACGGAGGUCCUCAUGCUCGCGGAGAACCUCUUGAAGAAAGACCUGACCUCUCCCAUGCCGACAACCAUCGGGCUACCUCUCAUGGCGAUUCCGCACGUGAUCAGUCCAUCCAUGGCCAACUCGUUGCUGUCCGAUCUGCUCCCCCGCCUAACUCACUCACACGCCGCUAUCCGAAAGAAGACUAUUGUGACUCUGUAUAGACUUGCGCUGGUGUAUCCGGAGACCCUGCGGCCAGCCUGGCCCAAGAUCAAGGAUCGGCUUCUCGAUGAGAACGAGGAUCCGAGCGUAACGGCAGCCAUUGUCAAUGUCGUCUGCGAGCUCGGCUGGAGAAGACCGCAGGACUUCCUUCCCCUCGCCCCGAGGCUCUUUGAUCUGCUUGUACAGGGCGGCAACAACUGGAUGGCUAUCAAAAUCAUCAAGCUUUUCGCCACUUUGACUCCUCUAGAGCCGAGACUCAUCAAGAAGCUACUUCCUCCACUAACAUCAAUCAUCAAGACAACGCCUGCUAUGUCACUUCUAUACGAGUGCAUCAAUGGGAUCAUCCAGGGUGGCAUUCUAGAGGGCGCCGAAGGAACCAAUGAGGGUGAAGAGAUUGCGCGAUUGUGCGUGGGCAAGCUUCGUGGUAUGCUCGUAAUCGAAGGAGAUCCAAAUCUGAAAUAUGUUGCGCUCCUUGCGUUCAAUAAAAUCGUGACAUCGCACCCGCACCUAGUAGCACUACACCAGGACGUCAUCCUAGCUUGUAUUGAUGAUCCCGACAUCUCGAUCCGGAUGAAAGCACUGGAUUUGGUCGUUGGCAUGGUCAAUUCCGACAACCUUGUCGCCAUCGUUGGAGGACUGAUGCGCCAGUUACAAAACGCGCCGGCAGCAUCAACAACAGAUGAUCCGGCUAAUGAUCGAGGGGCGAGCCAGGGAGUUGUGCCUGCUGCGGACCCGGACGAUGAGGACGCUGAGGAAUCUCUACGUCCAGCAGAGAAGCGAUCGGAUCAGCCGCCGCCCUUACCAGAAGAGUACAGAAUCAGUGUUAUCCGUCAGAUCCUCGAAAUGUGCUCGAGAGAUACUUACGCUAACAUCAAUGAUUUCGACUGGUACAUUGAGGUGCUAGUGCAGCUUGUCAAGGUCUCUCCUUCGACAAAAGCCGUAUUCGCUCCGGAGGAACCCCCAGACGUUGUUGCCACGGCACCGGGGCGGAGGAGUGACAUCUCUUACGAUGUGGGCUAUGAGUUGCAGAAUGUAGCAGUAAGAGUCAGGACGGUUAGACCAGAGGCUACUCAAGCUGCCGAAUCGCUCAUACUGUUCGACCGUAGGGAACAAAUGUUUCCUGCGUCUGGCAACGGAGGCCAAGGAGUAUUAGAGUCGGCAGCGUGGAUGGUGGGAGAGUACGCCGAACAUUUGAUCAGCCCAGAUGGAACUCUGACAUCGCUCAUGCAUUCUUCUGCCAUGCAGCUGCCGUCACACACCCUGGCAAUAUACAUUCAGGCCAUACCUAAAGUCUUCGCGACGAUAGCUGGCGGCCAGCAAACAUCCUGGUCUGCGGAGCGCAAGACCAUUGUAAUCCUUUUGAUGGCACGGAUCAUCCACUUCCUGGAACCGCUGGCCACUCACCCGGACCUCGAGGUCCAGGAACGAGCCGUCGAGUAUCUCGAGCUGAUGCGCCUCGCAUCCGAAGCAGCAUCCGCUCAGGGAACCAGCACAGACGGCAGUUUCACAGACCCGCCACUCCUCCUAACCCAAGCCUUGCCCUCGCUUUUCACUGGAAUGGAGCUGAACCCCGUCGCGCCGGGCGCUCAGAAAAAGGUGCCCCUACCGGACGCCCUCAACCUUGACGCCCCAAUAAACCCCAACCUCUCAUCCCUCCUCGCCCGCGCCGAGCGCGAUACCCAAACCCUUUCCGAAGACGAUGACAUCUUCUCACUCUACAACAAACGCCCAACUCCCGCCAAACAGCCUACAGCAGCCGCUGACCGCCUCUCACCUCCACCCAAAGAAGCGCCCUCCUACCAGCGCGCCCCCCUCUCAGAAGAGCAUCUCGACCCAGAGCUCAUCGCGCGCAGAAAAGCGGAAAGGAGAGACCGGUACAAAGACGACCCCUUCUACAUCCCGUCUGAGAACGAGCGUUCCCGAUCAGAAACCUCGACGCCCUUCCACGCCAUCCUGCAGAACAGCAACGGCGAUGAGCUGGAUCUCGAUGCUAUUCCGAUUAUGGACUUGAAUCUCGACAGUAAGGGCCCCGGCAGUGGGACGGAGGGACCAAGGAAGUCUGGCACCGCCCGCGCGAGCGGGAAGAAGAAGCUUAGGAGGAAGGUCGAGAUUAUCGGGGACGAGACGCUCGACGCGCCGGAUGAGGCGGCAUCAACUAGCCUCUCGACUUCUCCGCAGCGGCCCGAACUAGUACGCCCCGCGCAGUCAUCCUCGCGGGGCAAGAAGUCCCUGUUGGAAGUCGACUCGAGCGGGCUCGGCUCGCUGUCGCUCGACGAGAAUGGAGGGGCAAGCAAGCUGGAUAUCGAGCGGCGCGAGGCAGAGGAGGCGGAGAUGGCGAGGGCGUUGAAGGAGGUUGAGAGGCUGAGGCUGGAGAUGCAGCGGGCAAGUGAGAGGAUACAGGCGAGGGAGGAUGAGGGGGAGGGCAGUUUGGUGAGGCGGAAGAAGAAGAAGGCCAAAGCUGCGGAGGGGCUGGGUGUUGGGGGCGAGGAGGGCAAUGCGGAGGAUGCUGGGGAGGCAGUGGUGAAGAAGAAGAAGAAGAAAAAGAAGCAGGCCAAGGAAAGGGAGGCCGGGGCCGAGGAGGGAGAUGAGCCGCAAGAAGUCGUCAAGCCGAAGAAGAAGAAGAAGCGCCAGGUGUUGCUGGAUGAGUCUGCAGCAUCGUAA